GGGGCCAUAAUCUGAGGCUAUGUAGAGAUAAAAUCAAAGGAGUUUAGCGGGUAAGCAGCCAGUGGAGGGAACUUACAGGUUCAGUACAGAUACCUGAAUUGUGAGAGUAAAGAGAAGAAGAGAAAGAGGAAGUGGAAGAAGGAAAAGGAAGAUGAAGAUCUCCAAGAAAAAAGAAAAAGCAAAUGCUGCGAGUACAGCAAAGCCCCAGAAAACGCUGUUUGAUUUCUUCCAGAAGCCGGGCACUUCCAGCACCCAGGUGGAGAAGGUGCUGUGCCCGGCAUGCAACACACAUGUUGUCAAGAGCAAGAUCAACUGGCAUCUUGACCAGGACUGCAAAAGCAAAGAGAAAAAGGGGGCGAAGAAGGGGAAGAGAAGUGCAGUAACAGAGAAGAAAGUGACAAAGGAUGGCAAAGAUAAAAGGAAGAGAAAGAAAGCCAUGCUGUCAGAUAGUGAAGACGAGGAGGAGGAGGAGGAUGAGAUACUCGAGCCCAAAAAGGAGGAAGAGGGAGAAAACAGUUCUGAUGAUAUCUACAUCAAUGCCUCCAUGGUGGAAGUGAUGAUGGAUGAAGACUCUAACAAUGGAAAUACUCCAGUGAAAGUGGAAAGUACAGAAGAAGCUGUUUCCCCUUAUUUCUCAGGCAGCGCGCCACCUUCAAAUAUCACUCCUGGAAAAAGGAAAGAGAAGGUCAUUGUUAACCAAAUUCCAAAGAUUGAGAUCAAUUCCAUAGCCCAGUUGCAAGCAGACUGGGACUCCCCUGAACCUACCCCAGUAAAAGCCGAGCAUCCCUCAGCGUCAAAACCGAGACAACCAACUCCAUCAUCAAGUGAGAAGAACUCUCCUCUAACAAUAGCAGCAAAGGCCGUUAAAAAGAUGCUGGAGGAUGAUUGGUAUUUGUGUUCACAGCAGACAACUCCUUCAAAAGAUACAAAAGGUGUCAAAGUCCAAAGCAAUGGCAAACAUACCCCAAAAAGUAUUGGUUACCCAGAACGCAAUAGUGAUGAGGAAUUUGAAGAGGAGGUUAUAGUAUUUCGAACACCCAAUAAGCCCAAACCAAAGAAUAGUACCAAGAAAUCUAGUAAGAAAUCACCAGCGAAGGCCAAUAAAGAACCUGUUGCCGAUGUAGAUAAGAGUAUGCUGACAGCAGAUAGAAUCAGCAAUGCGCUGAGGUCUCCUGCAUCUAGUCAAGGAAGCACCGCUCUAGAAAGCGAGGGUGACAGUAUACCCUUAUUCAGCCCCAUCAGGAGUCCAGGGCUGGUAUCUCCAACGCGAUCCCCCACGCCCUCCCCGGACUGCGAAACUCUCAACCCGGUGAUAAGGAAACUCUUCACGCCCCCAGUGUCUCCGCAGCAUUCCCCAGCCAGUUCGCCAAAAGUUUCUCCAAGUAAACUCAAGUUAUCCCCCCAAAUCAAUAAUAACGUACAUAGAUUUAAUAGAAUAAAUAAAGUUCUGUCCUCACAGGAAGACGCAUUCGAUGCCCUGUCACAAAGCACCUUGCAGAACAGCCAGAGUCCAAUGAAAAGUCCAGAAAAGGGGAAGCUGCUGGUCAGAACACCGAGAAAGAUCAACCAGAGCAUCAGAAGUUCAGGGCUGUUGCAGAAUUCGUCUCAGUGUAGUUUAAACGUCAUAACCCCAAGGAAUAAGAAACACCACUCUCCCUCAACCAGUAAUGAAAACUCUCCAGCGAAAGAGAGCCCAGGGACAUCCAGCCAGGCGAUGGAAACCGAGACACAGGAGAAGACUCUAGCUUUUGAUCCAGCAAUAUACAGGGAUAGAAAAGGCUACUAUCUAGACAAUUUUACGAGAAUUUUAGACACGGUUACGUCACAGCCCCAAGACCUUCAGCUUUUGAAUUGUGAAGACUUAUCAGUUAUAGAGACUUUCCGUAACUUGUCACUGCCAGCACAGAAACUGUAUGUUCGACUGUUCCAAAGGAAAAUCAAGUGGAAUAAAGCCUCCAAGAUUGAAUAUAAAGAUAUUUGUGAUGCAGAAGAUACAAUACUUUAUAUAAAGGAGCUCACAUAUGCAAAUUUCCUAUUGAAUGAGACAGAAAUGACUGGACUUGAGGAAGUGUUGGCCAUACUCUCUAGCGAAGAAUUGCAUGGGCUGUGUAAGCAAAUGAAGAUUCGUACAAAUGGGAAGAAGGAGGAGUUAGUUUCCACUCUUAUAAAGUUCACCAAGCAACAAAAAAGCAUAUUCAGUGCUUUUAAGAAGACAGCAAACGAAGACCCUCUUGUCUUGAAAAGGGCCAAAGCUAUCCUGGGCCAUUGCUGUUUGGUGAACAAGGAGGUGCGGAGGGUGUUCAUGAGAGUCCUCAUGCUCUAUGGCCUUCCGCGGUACGAUGAGGAGGAGGAAGGAGGACAACAGUCCCAGCUCACGACGCUCCUGAUGGUGAACAUGGGCAAGAUGGAGUUCCCAGAGUUCGAGGUUAUUAGGAACCAUUCCAUCUUCAGGACACGGGAGGACCUUCUCAGAUAUGAAACUUGCAAUCAGAUUCUCAUUGAUGUACAAGAGUGUAUGGAGGCACAGAAGUGGGAAGAAGCCUUGCAACAUUGCCAGCUUGCAGUAACAACCUAUCAGGAUCUUAUUUCUGAUGAGGAGUUGUUAAAUCACGAGAAGUCGCUGCCAAGCUUCUUACGUCGCUUUACGUCUGUGUCGGUCUUGAUUUACAUCUUGACUUGUUCUGUGGAGUGCCACCAGAGGCUGAAGAGUUACCAAAAGGCAGUGGAUCAACUACAGGAUUUGCUGAAACAGAAGACACAUUUACAGGACUACAGAGGAAGAUGGUUUGACAGAUUGGCACUCAAUUUGGCCACACAUUUGAAGAAGCCGGCCCAGGCUGUAGAUGCCAUUCAACAAGCUUUAAAGGACCCUGAGGUGCGGAAAGGCCAUCGCCUUUCACUAAGCAUGAGAGCAGAGAAAAUGGCAGCUUCUGCCCGGCAUAAAUCUCUGGCGGCAACCAUUGCUGAAAUGCCUCUUAUGCACCCAAGAGAAGCACCGAAGGUUAUUAUAGAGGGCAGGAGUCUCCCAGGGGACAUUCCUGGAUAUAAGAGGGCUUUCAUUCGCCAAGAUUCAGCUCGACAUGCAGGAGAAGGGGAGGUCACAGUGUGUUCUGUUGAGGAGUUGGUCUUGGGUCAUUAUAAAGACCAGGGUUACACAGAGGGUUUGCACCGAGAAGGUACGACAGUAAACUCUCUCUUUGGCCUGUAUUUCUGGGAUGCCCUAUACUCACCAGUUUCAGAUGUCUUCCGGUCUCCACACCAGGCUUCGCCCUUAGACCUGGAUGACCCGAACUUUUAUGCAGCCAGGAAAGAGUGGAUUGACCAGAGACUCAAUGAUAUGCGUCAUUGGCCAGAGGAAAGGGCAGCCAGUGAGCUGGAGCAAAUAUGGACUCAGCACCUAGGGAAAGUGUCCCUUGUGGCGUGGGACCUUUUUCGUAACAUAGAUCAUGCCAAGAGUUUGGUGGCGAGUAUGGGUACAAGUGUUUUGGCUGCAAUAUGCGAGCGCCUUGCUAAGGAUCACAGAUUUACACGCAGUGGUUUCCCAGAUCUUGUGGUUUGGGACCCUCUUAACAAAAAAUGCCGAAUCAUUGAAGUGAAAGGACCAAAUGAUCGACUGUCAACUAAACAGAUCCUCUGGCUGGAAUACUUGCUUGAUAAUGGUGCAAUUGCUGAAGUCUGUCACGUUGAAGCCAUUGGAGCCAAGAAGAUGAAGAAGGCCUCUCCUCGGAAGAUCUCGCCCAAGAAAGCCUCACCCAAGAAAGCCUCGCCCAAGAAAGCCUCUCCCAAGAAAGUCUCUCCCAAGGAAUCGCCUCCAAAGUCGAGGAAAGGCGGGAAAAGGUCGUGUUGUGAUAAUGGGGAGGAGGGAGGAAGCGAAGAGAACAAAACCCAGGCAAAGAGGAGGAGGAAGGCACCCCAGAGCGAGCCGGCAAAGAGGGGGAGGAAAGGGAAACUGCAAGCGAAGGCUGAUGAUUCCGAUGAUUUUGAAGAGCCUGCUGUGAAGAUUAGGACAGUGAAAUCUUAAUAUUUUUUUGUUUUGUUUUGUUUUACUAUUAUUAUUAUUAUGAUUAUCAUCAUUAUUAUUAUUGUUGUUAUUGCUAUUGUUAUUAUUAUCAUUAUAUUUUUUAUUAUUUUUAUUAUUAAUGUGUGUAUGUUUAGAUAUUGGAGUAUGUAUGAAUGUAUGAAUAUGAGCACAUGUACAAAUAUCCUUUUAUUAUUAUUAUUAUUAUUAUUAUUAUUAUGUAUUUUACUCUUAUCUUAUUUAUUUAUUUUUUAUUAGUAUGAUUUUUAUUAUUACACAUUUUAUUAUUAUCAUUAUUGUUUUAUUAUUAAUAUUAAUCUAUUAAUAUUAUUGAUUUAUUAUUAUUAUUAUUAUUAUUAUUAUUGUUAUUGUUAUUAUUAUUAUGAUUAUUAUUAUUUUUAUUAUUUGUCAGUGAGUGCACUUGUUUCUAUGCAUGCGCGUGUAUGUGUGUAUGUGUUUCUGUGCGUGCAUGUGUGCAUGCAUAUGCAUAUACUAGUGAAAGAGGGAGUACCAAAUAAAGUAGCCGAUUCCAAUAUUGUGAUAAAUUUACAUUUAUUUUAUAAAAUAUUUUAGAAAAUUCUGUUAUUACAUUACUGUAAAGUAGCAUAGUUUUAUUUCUUACGUUUAACUGAAGAAUUUCUUAUUACAAAUAUAAUUUUAAAAUUUAUUAUUUUUUUUAAAGAUUAAUUAUAUCUCUCUUAGGACAUUUAAAAUGCACAUAGGGAUGCUGUGGCUGUUCAUAAUACAGCACACAAUACUUUUUUUGAGGUUCCCAGGGGAUGGGGAAAGUACAUCUAGUUGCAUGAGGUACAUUUCUACCAGUUUGUUUUAACAGGAGAUGAGUUAUUAUGCAUAAGAAUAGAAAAAUUUACAUAAGGAAUUACAUAUUUUUAUAGAAUAGAUUCUUAAAUUCUGUACCUGAUGAGGUUUGUGUUAAUUUUAUGUUACCAAUAAUAGUUUUCAUUUAUGUGUAAUAUUUCUUAAUUUCCUGAACAUUUAAAAUUCAUAUUUUAGAGAUUGUCUUGUGGAUCUGAUGAGGUCACAUAUUUUCCAUUCAUGUUUUGUGUAUUGAUUUUAUUUGUAACCUUAAUAGUUGUAUAUUACAAGCUCCAUCAGUUAAGUUUGUUAUGAACAAAUUCUCAGUAUUAUUAAUUUUCCGAGUGUUAUUUAAAAAUUCAUGUAUACUUGGAUACCUUAAAAUUGUUACUCUGGU